UGCGUUUGCUGAUCUCUAGGGCAGCCCACCUUUGUCGCCAGCAUGGCCUCUGAAGAUAUUGCCAAACUGGCAGAGACCCUGGCUAAAACCCAGGUGGCCGGGGGACAGCUGAGUUUCAAGGGCAAGAGUCUCAAACUGAAUACUGCUGAAGAUGCUAAAGAUGUGAUUAAGGAGAUUGAAGACUUCGACGGCCUGGAGGCUCUACGACUGGAAGGUAACACAGUGGGUGUGGAAGCGGCCAAAGUCAUUGCCAAGGCCUUAGAGAAGAAGUCGGAGCUGAAGCGCUGCCACUGGAAUGACAUGUUCACCGGAAAGCUUCGGUCCGAGAUCCCACCAGCUCUGAUCUCACUAGGGGAGGGGCUCAUCACUGCAGGAGAGCAGCUGGUGGAACUCGACCUCAGUGACAACGCAUUUGGGCCUGAUGGAGUGCGAGGCUUCGAGGCCCUCCUCAAGAGCCCAGCCUGCUUCACCCUGCACGAACUCAAGCUUAACAACUGUGGCAUGGGCAUUGGAGGUGGCUGGCAGAAACCGCCUGGGGAGAACGAUGGAGCCACUGCUUUGGCAGAAGCUUUUGGGAUCAUCGGGACUCUGGAAGAAGUUCACAUGCCACAGAAUGGAAUUAACCACCCUGGGGUCACAGCCCUGGCCCAGGCCUUCUCCAUCAACCCCCUGCUGCGAGUCAUCAACCUGAAUGACAACACCUUCACUGAAAAGGGUGCAGUGGCCAUGGCUGAGACCCUGAAGACCUUGCGGCAAGUGGAGGUGAUCAAUUUCGGGGACUGUCUCGUGCGCUCGAAGGGGGCCGUUGCCAUUGCAGAUGCUGUCCGUGGGGGCCUGCCCAAGCUGAAGGAACUGAACCUGUCGUUUUGUGAAAUCAAGAGAGAUGCUGCCCUGGUUGUUGCUGAGGCUGUGGCUGAUAAGGCUGAGCUAGAAAAUCUGGACCUCAAUGGCAAUGCGCUGGGAGAGGAGGGCUGUGAGCAACUUCAGGAAGUGCUGGACAGCUUCAAUAUGGCCAAGGUGCUGGCAUCCCUCAGUGAUGAUGAGGGAGAGGAUGAGGAGGAGGAAGAUGAGGAGGGAGAAGAGGAUGAUGAUGAGGAGGAGGAGGAGGAUGAAGACGAAGAGCCGCAGCAGCGAGGGCAAGGAGAGGAGUCAGCUACACCCUCACGGAAGAUUACGGACCCUAACAGUGAAGAGCCAGCUGCCGUGCUGUCCUCCCCGCCUCCCACAGACCUCUCCACCUUCCUGUCAUUCCCCUCCCCAGAGAAGCUCCUGCGCCUUGGUCCCAAGGUCUCUGUGCUGAUAGUCCAGCAGACUGAUACCUCCGACCCUGAGAAGGUUGUCUCAGCCUUCUUGAAGGUAGCAUCUGUGUACAGGGAAGAAGCCUCAGUGAAGACAGCAGUGCUGGAUGCCGUCGAUGCCCUCAUGAAGAAGGCCUUCAGCUCCUCAUCUUUCAAUUCCAACACCUUCCUCACCAGACUACUCAUCCACAUGGGUCUGCUCAAGAGUGAAGACAAGAUCAAGGCCAUCCCGAGUCUGCAUGGCCCCCUGAUGGUGCUGAACCACAUGGUGCAGCAGGAUUACUUCCCCCAAACCCUUGUACCGCUGCUGUUGGCAUUUGUGACAAAGCCCAAUGGCGCACUGGAAAUCUGCUCUUUUGCUCGCCACAAUCUGCUGCAGACACUGUACAAGAUCUAAGCUUAAAACCAGCUUCUUCUCGGCCCUUACCCUGAACCAGUGAAUAAGGGGACUUGGAUGGAUUGAGCUCAGCCAACGUCUCCAUUGGAUAGGACUUUGACCAGAGGCAGGGGAGGGUCUUUAUCUCCUGUGUC